AUGGCACAACUCGCGCUGACACUACUCAUAGUUGCAACUUUUGGACUGCGCGCCUCAACAGUUGCAUUACCCACUUCACUGCGGGAAAUGCAUAGAACCUACUUUGGUGCUGGCGACUUCGAAUUCUGGUAUUGGGACCUGGCUUGGCUCGUUUGGGAUAAACAGUGCUCCAAAUACAACAUCAGUCGAACGGUGGAUACACGCAUAACCGGCGGCGAGCUGGCAGAGCCCAAUAUGUUUCCCUAUCAAGUGGGCUUGCUGCUGUUGCGUGCACCGAAAAUCUAUCAAUGCGGCGGCACACUGAUCUCGGUGAGUUAUGUGCUCACUGCAGCGCAUUGUAUUUACAAGUCCACCUGCGGCAAGGUCUUUUUGGGCUCUAUUGAUUUCGCCAAUCCGUUCACCGCUGCUGCUGUUUACAAUGUGAGCGAAAGUGAUUUAAUUGUUUACGAGAAAUACACACUCAGUGGUGGACGCGAUGACAUCGGUCUCAUACGCCUUCCUACACCAGCAAAACUCUCCAGCGCCGUACAGAUCAUACCACUCGCGCCGCGCUUUAUGACGCAGUCUUUUUUGCAAGGCAAAAUCGUCACUACAUCCGGUUGGGGCUUAACACGUGAUGCUGAUAUGGAUAAAAUGGAAUUCAAUUUGUUGUUGUAUUAUGUAGAUGCGCCCGUAAUGGCACAGGGUGAAUGCGCCUGCUAUUAUCUGCCCGGUUUGGUGCGUAGCCGCAACCAUAUUUGUGCCAGCGGCGCUGGCGGACGUGGCAGCUGUGAUGGCGACUCUGGCGGUCCACUAACCUAUUACUAUGGCAAUAAAAGUUAUUUGAUUGGUUUGACCGCCUUUGGCAGCGCUGGUGGUUGUGAAAUUGGUUUUCCAUCGGUCUAUACUCGCGUAGCGACGUAUUUAGAUUGGAUAGCAGCGCGUACGGGCAUAAAAGUUGAUUAAAUUUGGUA